CUUCUGCCUACUACAUGACAGCGAGUUUUUCUGGGAAUGAUGUUUUUUAUUUGGUUAAGGCUAUGGACCCUCAUGAGUCAAAGGAUUAUUUGUGGUGGGAUUUUAGUGUAAGCGUUCGGAUUUAAGUUAAAACUGUAUAGUAGACGAGAUUUCAAAGCUGUUUAAUACUGUCGUAUAAACAUUAGAUUAGGUUGUAAUGUGAGUAAAAAGGGAAAAGAAAAGGAAAAGGGAGGCACGGCAGAGGAGGAGCGGAGGAAAAGCAAAAGAAAAUGUCUUUCUCAAACACGGAUCCCUAUGGAAUGCAGGAAGAAUGCCCAGCAUUGCUUGCUGGAACUUAUUCUUUUUGUUUUGUUUAAAGUGCUUUGCUUUGUUUUCUUUAGAAAUCUUUUCAGAGAGAGUGAGGAGGAGAAAGCAAAAGAAAGAGACAAUAGAUCCACCGGUCACUAGAGGAUACGCUUUAGCCAGAUUUUGGCUUAGAUUUCAUUCUACUUAAGACUGCACCUGCAAAACAAAAAUGGAGGGAACUAAGCAACAGAGCGAGCUCACAUGAUUAGUUUAAUAGUUUCCCAAUGAUUGACUUCCUUUGAAAAAUAUUGCCAAGGAUUUAUUAUUAUUUUUUUUUUCCCUCAAAAGUGUGAAAGGAGAUACGUAGAGGAAAAUGAAGUCCAUGAGUAAUGAAAAUAACAGCAACCAAAAUAAUAACUGGUUGGGUUUCUCUCUUUCUAGUCAAAUGGAGGCUUCUUCGGAUCAUCAUCAAACUCAAUCUUGUUCUAACACAGUCUCAAAUUCAAUCCCCUCAAGCUUUUCCUCUAGUUUUAACUAUCCAGGAAUUUAUUAUGGGGAAAAUACUGGGUUUUACUCUCCUUUAACUGUGAUGCCACUGAAGUCUGAUGGAUCAUUGUGCAUUAUAGAAGGCAACAGGACACAGCCACAAGGUAUAGUAACUUCAACUCCUAAAGUGGCGGAUUUCUUUGGCGGUGCAACAAUGGGGACCCAUCAUUAUGAAGGCUGUGACAGAGGAUGUAUGGCUCUCAGUCUAGACAGUAUGUAUUAUCACCAAACCCCGGAUAAUCAGGCCAACAAUGGCCAAGAUUUUCUAAAUUCUUUCCAAGAGAACUCCAGGCAGCAGCAAAUUCAUGUUCAGGAAUAUCCACAUUACUCUGCAUUUAGAGGGCCUGAUUUGUACCAACAGGCACCCCAAGAGGAGCCUAAAGAAACUUGCAAUCUUCACCUCCCAACAAUGGCUGAUGGUGAAAUGAGAAACUGGGUAUCAAGAAAUUAUCCUAAUGGGCAUGCAUUGGAGCAGAAGAUGGGCAUUUGCCUGGAUGAUAAUGGGGGAGAAUCUGGUCCAAAUUGUGUAAUGGGUUAUGGGGAUUUGCAGUCUUUAAGCUUGUCCAUGAGCCCAGGUACGCAAUCUAGCUGUAUUACUGGUUCACAACACAUUGCACCUGCUAUUGGCUUGGAAAAUAAGAAAAGGGAUUCUGAGAAGGUUGCUCAGAAGCAGAUUGUUCAUAGGAAGUCCAUAGAUACAUUUGGGCAAAGGACUUCACAGUAUAGAGGAGUCACAAGGCACAGAUGGACAGGUAGAUAUGAAGCCCAUCUAUGGGACAACAGUUGCAAGAAAGAAGGUCAAAGCAGGAAAGGAAGGCAAGUUUAUCUAGGGGGCUAUGAUAUGGAAGAAAAGGCUGCAAGGGCUUAUGAUUUGGCAGCACUUAAAUACUGGGGACCUUCAACCCAUAUCAAUUUUCCGUUGGAAAAUUAUCAUCAAGAACUUGAAGAAAUGAAGAACAUGACCAGACAGGAAUAUGUUGCUCACUUGAGAAGGAAAAGCAGUGGCUUCUCGAGGGGAGCUUCAAUUUAUAGAGGAGUCACAAGCAGACAUCAUCAACACGGACGUUGGCAAGCUCGGAUUGGCCGAGUUGCUGGAAACAAGGACCUCUAUCUAGGGACAUUUAGUACUCAAGAAGAAGCUGCUGAGGCAUACGACGUAGCAGCUAUAAAAUUUCGAGGGGUUAAUGCAGUGACCAACUUCGACAUCUCAAGAUAUGAUGUAGAGCGGAUUAUGGCAAGCAGUACCCUGCUUUCAGGGGAAAUGGCUAAACGAAACAAGGACAUGGAUUCAAGCAACAAGAUCCCAUAUAGCAAUCCUAAUCAUGACCAUCAUUUGGAAGUUGCAAAUGCCUCGAAGGAGGAUACUAGCAAUUUGCCUGACUGGAAAAUGGCACUCUAUCAGAAACCAGGUGGAGUAGAUGAUUUUGGAAGUGCAUCUUACUCUAUCGGCGUAAAUGGUAUGAUUGGGAUCGAGGCAAUGAGCUCUACUCAGCAUGAUGUGGAUGAACAUGGAAAAAUGGUGAGUCACUUGUCAAGUGCUUCUUCACUGGUGAACGACUCUAGAGAAGGCAGCCCAGACAAAAGCAGUGGCCUUCCUUUGCAUAUUUCAAUGCCUCCACCAGCAUCCAACUUUUUUACAAGUUCAACAAGUAGUGUGAAUUCAUGGAUUUCAACAGCCCAGAUGAAGUCUCAAGUGCCACUUUUUGCUGCAUGGACAGAUGCAUCCUAAAAUAUUCUCUGUGAAGUCUUUUGGUAAUGGAACCUAUAACUGGUUUCAAUUUUCAAGUUGUUUUUUUUCUCUUCUCCCCCGAAUUAUUGACUAAAUCUAUGGGGCAGCCUUAAUAGUUAUGAUGGUUUGGGGUUUUCUGUGCAAUGGUUUCUUACUCUGUCCCCAAUAGCAAAUGAGCAAGUAAUGUUAUGUUCAUCAUGUUUCUUUUAUCCCCAUAUCAUCAUUUCCAAGUUUUUGGAUCCAUGUAUUUCCCAGUUUCCACAUUUAGUGAAGCUUUCUCAGUGCAAUAACUGCUUAAAGUAA